AUUCCACUUCAAAAUGUGACAGAUUCAAAAUGCUAUCGUCAAGAGGUGUACAACUAGUGAGAAGUUCAAAACUUUUAAAGAAUUACCAAAAAAUAUCCUGCACCAGUGUUCGCAAUUCGGGAGGAGAGUGGAUUUAUCGUCGCCCUCCGCCCAGACAGCCCGAGAUAUUAUAUAAGCUGGGCGAAUUUGUGUCGGCGGUGUCAUGGUGGUGGAUACUGUGGCAUCUGUGGACCGAACCUGGUCAUGUCAUUGGUGAAUUUCACUAUCCAAAUCCUCGCCUAUGGACUAAUGAGGAAUUGGGUAUUUCAGGAUUUUGUCAAUGCAAUUAAUUUCAGGUACUUUGACGAGGUUAAGAUUUGAUGCAAUUCAUGAUAAUAAACUUGCUUGAUUGGUAGUGAAACCAAAAGGGCCCAGUUAA